CUUGUAUACCUAACCUCCAUCCAUGUCAGAUACCAAGACCAGCUCCUUGUCCGGCUACGCCAUCUGGCUCAUGCCAUCUGCCAACGAGAAACUCCACUACCAGCACCUAAUCAACCGCCUUUCCAAACUCUAUAAUGAAACAAUCUGCCAAAAGGACGAGGACGAGGGGCGGACGAGGGGAUCCGCCUCCCCCUCGUUUGAGCCGCACAUCACGUUAUUCGCGUUUAUCCCGCUCGAUACCCCCGUCGGGGAGAUUAGCAACACCCUAAGACAAGUGGUCGCGAGGGUCACUGGAUCUGGACUGUCGAGCCUCGGGGGUGGUGGUCAUUUCGCGCUGGGGCUGUUACCAGCGCAGAGCGGGAGAUCGUAUUUCCAAUCCGUGCUUGCGCCCGUUCAACCGACUGCCGAGCUUUUAUCGCUUUACGACCAAACUGUCGCUGCUUUUCCCCCCGCUUCCCCAUCUUCUAGUCCCGACGAGAAGAAGAAGAAGAAGGGUGGCUAUUUCCCGCACCUCUCGCUCUUCUACGGCGACUGUUCGCUUGCAAAGCGGGACGAAAUCGCGGCGAUCGCCAACGGCGAGGAUCCAUGCUUGGGUUCGGGGCAGGCGACGGUGACGAUCAACGAGCUGGGGAUUGUAAAGUGCGCAGGCGAGGUGGAAGAAUGGCAACUUGUGGAGAGUAUUGUUUUAUAGAUUGAUUUGUGUGUUAAAUGUGAAGAUGGGCGAGGUGUAUAUGCACGCAGAAAGAUGCAAAUGUUAGUGGGU